UAAACAUCAGCUUAAGUAAAAACGGUUUGAAGACACUUUCCUACUUCCCUUCCAAGUGCAACGUCGCAAACUCCUUCCCAGAGGGAAGUCUUGGCCCUCACUGGUGGGCAGUCCAGGCAGCCCCCCCACCUCCCUUCGGGGUUCGUUUUUGCCCUGUCCCCGCAGGGGAUUAUUUUUGUCCUUGAAGGCCACAUUUCCCAGGCCUUGAACUUUGAGGAGAGGAGCUGGAAUCCAGGAGGCAUCUUUGUGGGAGGGCCCCAGGUGACCAUGGCCGACCGGGCGGCAGCUGAGAGGGCUUGCAAAGACCCGAACCCCAUCAUCGACGGCCGCAAGGCCAACGUGAACCUGGCAUAUCUGGGCGCCAAGCCUCGGAGCCUCCAGACGGGCUUUGCCAUUGGGGUGCAGCAGCUGCACCCCACCUUGAUCCAGCGGACUUACGGGCUGACCCCGCACUACAUCUACCCGCCAGCCAUCGUGCAGCCCAGUGUGGUGAUCCCGGCCGCCCCUGUCCCGUCACUGUCCUCGCCCUACAUUGAGUACACGCCGGCCAGCCCGGCCUACGCCCAGUACCCACCGGCCACCUAUGACCAGUACCCAUAUGCUGCCUCGCCUGCCACGGCUGCCAGCUUCGUGGGCUACAGCUACCCGGCCGCCGUGCCCCAGGCCCUCUCAGCCGCAGCCCCUACCACCUUCGUGCAGUACCAGGCGCCGCAGCUGCAGCCCGACAGGAUGCAGUGAGGGGUGCUCCUGCCCCGAGGACUGUGGCAUUGUCACCUUCACAGCAGACAGAGCUGCCAGGCCAUGAUGGGCCGGCAACAGCCCGGCUGAGCUUCAGUGAGGUGCCACCAGCACCCAGGCCUCCGAAGACCGCUCGGGCACUCCGCCUGCACCCGGGGACAGCGGGGAGAUGGCUUCUCUUUAAAUCUAGGUCCCAUUGUGUCUUGAGGGAGGACUUUAAGAAUGAUCGAGAGCUAUUUAAAGACGCAAUCCCAGGUUCCUUGCACACCAUGGCAGCCUCUCCUUGCACCUUCUCCUGCCUCUCCACACUCCAGGUGCCCUCAGGUUUGUGUCUCCCCCGCCGCAUCGUGGUGGGUGUCACAGACCCUCUGCAGCCCCUGGCUGCCCUGGACUGUGCAGAGAUGCCUGACUCCAGGGAAACCUGAGAGCAAGAAGUUAAUGGACUGGGUAUUGUAACUUGAUCCUCACGAGCUGUGAGCACAGUCGAGGUGUGAGGGCACGGCCUCCUGUUGGAGUCGCAUUUUCUCCAUCAGGGCACAUGGGCGGCUUCCUCAAGCCCAAAGGAGCUCCCGGGCACACGGGGGCCGCCGGUAACAGGGGCAGCCGGCCAAAGGCCCCUUUCCAGUCACAGCACUGAAGUUGCAACUUUUUUCUUGUAAUUGUUUUGCUACUAAGAUAAUUUCAGAAGUUCAGUCUAUUUUUUCAGCGGAUACUGCCGCCACCAAGAAUCCAAAACCUAUUUUUGACUUGGAGAGACUUGCUUUUGUUGGUUCCGCCCAUGGAGACGACGACAGUGUUUCUGUAUAAUAAAGUGUCUGCCGGCUCACGGGCCAGGAUCCUCUCGGUGGGAUGGGCCCCAUAGACAGGAGGCCCUGCAGGCCCGUGCGGGCCACUGUCUGCUGCCACCUGCCAGGGUGGCAGAGUGAGUUGUCUCAGGACCCCGUCACUGCGACAUUGACGCUCCUCUCCCUUCCCUCCCUCCCCAACUCCCCAACCACUGUGGAAGGGGAGAAGGGAGUGACCCACAGCAUCCAGGCCACUCAGGGUCUCGACCACGGUGGUGCCAGCCUGGGGGCAGGGGCCCUCAGCUCUGCCUGCUGGAGCAGUUGAGUGCAGGAGGGUGCGCCUCUUCCCUCUACCCCCGCACCACCUGCUGUGUGCCAGCCCCAGACGGCUCCUGCCUGCCUUGGGGAUUGGUGGAGGGAGGAAGCAGUUCUGCCAGUUGUGGCAGGGCUGCUAUGGGGCAUCCAGGGCUGUGGGGGUCUGGAGGAGGGGACAUGAGGUGAGAGGUAUCCUGGCCGAGGGCGGGGGGCAGCGGGGGUCUCCCUCCGGACCUACCUCAGGGAGCUGAGCGUGCAGGCGCUCCAGGGCAGGCCUGGGACAGAGUCAAGGCCCAGAGAAUAAAGGUAGCUAAUCUCAUAAUAAUAUUUUUAUUAGAAUGUUCUGAUGAUAAAAAUAAAACUUGUUUUCUUUAAAGAAAAA